GUCAGACAUUCAAAGCAACGUCACAGGAAGCUACAAAGCUGAGUCUGGCAUUCUCAGGGCCUCCACUGACUUCUGCAGAGGAUUGCCAGAAGCUGAGUGAAGAUGUCCAAAAUGCCAUUCUUGCAGUUGCCACGGUGUACUACUGGCUCCCCAAGGGCCAAGGUACUACUCUUCGGAAGAUGGUGCGAGAUGCUACCACUGAAGUAGUGGAAGGAAUUAUCCAACUCACAGAAACAAUUCUCAGCGCUCCAUUGGAAAGCUUGUCUCAGGAACAGCUUAUAUCGACUGGUGGUGUGUGGGAGGCGUGUGAGCAAGUGUCUAACCUGCCACGAGAUAACCAGGCGGCAGUUGCGUCAGCUCUGGCUGCAUGUCUAGGUGUGGUCAAGGAUGCUCUGGAGGAGAUGGAACAUGCUCUGGUGGAAGGGCAAGACCCAUACAGUGACAUCAUGGAAGAUGAAGAGCUGGGCGUUCGGGGCAACAGAGAUACGUAUUGGUCAGAAGCUGACCGGAAGCUGCUUAGCUCCUGCAUGGGAUUAAUGAAGGCUUCUAAGGCUUGUCUGAAGAAGGUCUUGGGUGUAGUGAAGGCUUAUGGCAAAGCUGAUUCUCCAGAGCAGAUAGCUCAGCUGGAUGAUCUUGCAGACAUUGCAAACGAGAUCAGUCCAAGUGUUGAUGAGCUGGCACUGAGCAUGUACCCACCUGUAAACGAGCUGGCUGUGCGACUCAAUGCUGCUAAGUUGGCCUCGGUAUUAAAGAAAGCCUUAGAGAUUACAAAGACAAGCCAUGUAUGUCCACCAUCAGAGGAAGGCUGGGUGCAGUUUCUAACUGGUGCAGUAGAUCACAACAUGAACAAAAUCAAGAACUUCACUCAGGGUCAACUUUAGCUCUUCCUUGUCUACGUGUGUUGCUGCCGCUGGCUCUGGCAGAGGCUUUUCCAGUGAAUGUCGCUGUUCCCCGGCUACUGGGAG